AUGAGUUACCAGAAGGCUGCGCUUGAGUUAAACAUGGGGUCACAGCCUGGGCCAAAGAGCCCUGAGAGAACAGAAGGUGUAACUGCUGAUGAAGACUAUGGCACAGGCCGGCUUGAAAACCGACUCAGCGUGGGCGACUUUGUAAAAGUACAGAGGGCCUUUGAGUCCCCAGAGCCAAGAAAAACCAUUUGUAUGUCCAGAGAAGAGUUCAUGCAGAGGAUGACAGAGAUUGUUAGUUGGGGCACAAAGGAAGAAUAUGGGGAGCUCUUUGACAAAGCAGAUGUGGCCCAAGACGGCUUCAUUAAUUGGGACAAGCUGACUUCAUUUCUACUGUUAGCACUUUAUGAGAAAGAUGAACGAGUGAAGGCAACUGUGUUUCCCCCGUGGAAAGACCUCGAACUCCUCCCAGUAAAACACAAGUACGCCAUUCAAACAGUGAUUUUUGUAAAAAGUUCAAGUCAUUAUCUGACUAUCAGUAAAGAAGGUUUAUUAGGAAUCUGGGGAGAGAAUCUGAAGCUUCAAGAGGCAAUUCCCAUCACUUCAGAUGCCACCAAGCUCAAACACCUGUGGGUGACAAGUCUGGUUUCUCUGGAAAAUGUAAACAAGAUAGCAGUGGCUUUUACAAGUAAAGAAAUUUGUUUCUGUGAUCCACUGUCCAAAGAAGAAUUUCCUUGUCAGUACAAACUCUAAGCCCUGAAAGGAACACCAAUUUGCAUGGAUUAUUGGUAUGAUCCUCUUGAUGCCAAUGAAUCAAUUCUUUCUUUUGGGGCUAUAACUGGAAAGGUUCAAACAAUUGUUUUCACAGCGGCCUGAAUUUCCCUGUUUGAAUGACCUGCUGCUAGUGCAUGUGAAGAUGAAGAAACUACCAUGACCAUUAACUGGGCAGAACUGCUCUGUGGAUGUCACAAAUGUUGCCGUAUAUUACAGUAUAAACUUCAUCAUGGAGAUUGGGUCAGCCAAGUUACCUUCAAUGCAUCUUUAGAUGCUAUCAUUUCCACUACAACCAGCAAUACAAAUACUAUGGUGCUGGCAUGGAGAAAAAAAUCAAAAAAGCAUCUUAAAAUGACAUUCUUCAACAUUGCCCAGGGAAUUCAUGCUUUUGAUUACCACUCUUGGCUCAAUUUAAUAGCCACUGCUGGAAUUAACAAUAAAGUUUGCCUUUGGAAUCCGUAUGUUGUCUCUAAACCAGUGGGUGUCCUUUGGGAUCACUCAGCCAGUGUAAUAGCCAUCCAAUUCUUUGCUGAGAGAAAACAACUUUUCAGCUUCUCUAAAGAUAAAGUUUUGAGACUCUGGGGUAUUCGACACCAGCUGUCCAUCCAGAGGAUAGUUUGUUCUCUCCCCAAAAGUCAGGACUUCAGAUGCCUCUUCCACUUUGAUGAAGCCCAGAUGACUUUUAUCUCAUUUAAUAACCAGCUGGCACUGCUGGCGAUGAAAAGUGAAGCCAGCUAGAGUGUGAAAAGACACAAGAAAGCAGUCACUUGUGUUCUGUACAAUUCGGUCCUGAAGCAGGUAAUCAGCUCUGAUGUGGGGUCUACUGUUUCCUUCUGGCUGAUAGACACUGGGCAGAAAAUCAAACAGUUUACUGGUUGCCAUGGCAAUGCAGAAAUAAGCACUAUGGCCCUUGAUGUAAAUGAGACAUGGCUUUUGACUGGCAGCACAGAUGGAACUGUAAAGAUAUGGGACUUCAAUGGAUAUUGUCACCACACACUAAACAUUGGGCAAGAUGGAGCUGUAGAUAUUUCACAAAUCUUGGUUCUUAAGAAGACAAUAUUGGUUACAUGCUGGGAGAGGGCUAUUACUGUGUUUCGACCCCAGAACUUCAAUCAAUUUUUCAUCCAGCCUGAAGAGUGGAAAGGAGGAGCUCAGCACCAUGAUAACAUCUUGUGUGCUGCAUUUUUACCUCCGCAAACUCUAGUUACAGGGAGUUAUGAUGGAGAAAUUCUUCUGUGGAACAACAGCACAGAAAAUGGUGUGGUUCAACCUGAUUACCAGAGGCCACUAAAAUCAAAAUCAGAUACACAACCUCAAAAGCUUCUCAGUGCUAGGAGGAGUUACUUCAUCCACCCCAUGGCAGACCAGGAGACUCUAGGAGCCCUCACCUUUGAGACUGACACCAAGGGAAAUAAUGCUGUUAUGAGACUUUGCUUCCUUGAAGCAAGAAAAAGUAUUGCAGUGACAGGAGGAGCUAACCUGGUAUCAUGUGGAGGAUCUGGUUAUGUCAGAUUCUGGAAUACAUUUAAAAAGCAACUUUUGGCAGAAUUUUUGGCUCACAGUGAAGUUGGAUCCAUGAUUAUGUCUACUGAUAAGUUGAAUUGAUACCUCACCAUGGGCAAUCUUGAUAGAUGGUUGAAAAUCUGGAAUAUAGAGGAGUACUGUCUUAAUUCCAGUAAGGACAAAAUCACACAGGCCCCAACUCUGGUAAUAUCACUCCAACCUCAUGAGGACUGGAUAACUUCAUUAGAGAUGUGUGAGCCCGGUGGCCACUUACUGAUUAUCUCCUACUCUGCAGACUGCAGCGUUUGUGUGACUGGUGUCUGCAAUGCUCCUGUAUGGAUCUUUGGUCAGGCAAAGCAUUGGCAUAUUGAAAACUGUCUUUCUCCUCCCAAAAGAGAUACUAAUUUAAUCGAAAGUGAGAUUCAAGUGGGAAGCUUGAGAGUAAUUCCUUUAUUUUCUAAGGAAGAAUCACAAGUAGACCCAAUGAAACAUUCUCUACUUAAUAUGAAAAACAAAGAUGAUUCAACAUGCAACGUCUGACCAUCAGAAGACAUAAAUUUAGAUAUGAAAUAUAAGAAAAGAAAUACCUGUAAGAAAAAAACACAUAAACUUUACAGUGGUGAAGUUAUAGAAAAAUCAUCCAGUGCAUUUAGGUCAUUAAGCAUUGGCCCCCUGAAAGAGGUGCCUGAAGUGAAUAAACCUACUUUUUUUCUAGACCCCGAGAAAUACUUUAAGGAAGAGCCGGGGGAGGAGAAUCCUCAAAUUCCAGAGCAUCCAUUGCUUAAAUCCUCCGAGAUGGGGUUCAACAUCAUCCUCGAGAAAUAA